ACUCACGAACACCCGUUCCGAGACAAAUACCUGCUGUACAAGUGGAACAUCGACGAGGCGUCGUGGGAGGGAUCGUUUGGGGAAGACGCUCUGCGCGAGGCGCUGACUGUCCUGGCCCGCAUCGCGCCUGAUGCAUUAUUCAGGCUCGCACUCCGGAAACCGAGACAAGAUCGAUCCGAGGAAGAUUUGGAGUUGAUUUAUGAAGAACUCCUUCAAGUAGCUGCGCUGUCGCAUUUAUCGACCAGUGUUAAGCGACAGCUCGCUGACGUUUUGCUCUUCGAGGCUCAUCAAAGCGCCGGCACAAUUCUGUUCCGCCAAGGAGACGUGGGUCAUUCUUGGUACAUCAUACUCAAGGGAUCAGUGAAUGUUGUGAUUCAAGGACGUGGAACUGUGACGACCCUCGGCGAAGGUGACGAUUUCGGAAAAUUAGCCUUGCUCAACAACGCCACCAGGGCUGCGACAAUCGUUCUGCGAGAAGACAACUGCCAUUUCCUCCGCGUGGAUAAAGACGACUUCAACCGCAUCCUACGUGACGUGGAGGCGAACACUGUUCGUCUCCAAGAACACGGCAAAGACGUUCUGGUUUUGGAACGCGUUACUGAUGCCCCGGAUGCCCCCACCAGGUACUCAGUUGUUGCCGGUACGCCGUAUAAAAUGGUGGAACAUUUGCUGCAAACCAGACUCGGUGAUGGACUGUCCGAGUUGGACAAGUCCUGGUCGAAUUCUGCUCACAAAGAUUUCACCACAUCGGACUUGUUCUUGGACGAUUUUUUGCUCACUCACAUCAUCUUCAUCACUUAUCACCAUGGAGAUAAGGACGACAACAAGGACCUCGCCAUCAAGUACAAACGAAGAGUAGUGCACUUUGUGCACUCGUGGAUCAUUAUGAUUCAGGACCCGGCUCUGGAAGAGUCUUCAGUUGCCAGUCUGAUCGAGGAGCUUUCGAAAUCCAUAAGAGAGGAUGCAAAGGCAUACAAUUGUUUGGAUACUGAGCUGCAAUUGAUGAUGGAAUCCGAAGAGGAAUUGAGGAGGUACAACGAAUUGUGGCGGCCGAAACCGGCGGACGGAUCGACCACAACCACGGCAUCUACAGGCCGGAAGUGGAAAAUGCCGCACGGGGCACAUCCGGUUCGGCUGUUCGCCACGGAUUCUUCGGAAGUGGACCUCACGAAUUCCACUUGCAUGCGGGCUACCGAUGAC